AUGACAGUAGUUGAAGUCACUCACCAAUCAAAUGGAAAUGGAAAUGGAAAUGGCAAUUCGGCGCCAAUUUUCUACAAACCUCCUGCAAAUUUAGACACAUUGGAAUUGAUGUUGAGAAAAUUGAUCGAGAAAAAAUACAAUAAAAAGUUUGGUGAGUUUGUGAAAUGGCCUUUCAGGCAAUUUCUGAAUUUUGUAUUUGAAAAUUGAUAUCAAAGAUUUUCCAGAAAUUUAUUUCCUGAUCUAAGGUUUCAAGAGUUUCCAAAAAAUCAGUAAAAGUUUUCAUGAAAACCCAACCCUCUUUUUUCCAGCCGACUACCGUGAAUUUCAUCGAUUUUCCUGUGACAGUUACGAUAUCUUCUGGGAAGAGCUUCUUGAAUUCGCCGAUGUGAAAUUGCACCAAAAAUAUAGUCAAGCUAUUGAUAAAACUUUGAAAAUUAAUGAACGUCCAAAAUGGUUUGCUGGAUCGACUUUGAAUUAUGCUGAAAAUGUGAUUGAACGUGGAAAUGCUGAAGAUAUUGCGGUUAUUAAUGCGGGUAGGGAUUUUUAUAGAUUUUCAGUGGAGUGUCUGAAAAACCAUAUAAAUUUUUCCAGCCAUUGAUUCCACUCUCACCAAUCACACAUUCGCUGAACUCCGCGAAGAUGUCUAUAGAAUUGCAACCUCCCUCCGAAAUUUUGGAAUCGGAAGAGGCGACACAGUUUGCGGAUAUGUUCCGAACACCUACGACACUCUUGUUGCGGUUUUCGCAUCAGCCGCAGUUGGUGCUGCUUGGUGUUCAGCAUCUGUUGAUUUUGGACCAGCUGGUGUUUUAGAUCGAUUCAGACAAGUCAAACCAAAGAUCAUGUUUACUGUCAACAAUAUUUCAUACAAAACAAAAAUCUUCUCACAAACCGAAAAAAUCAAUCAAAUUGUCGAAGGUCUUCCAAGCUUGGAGAAAAUUGUUGUUACAUCAAGUUUCAAGGAUUUCAAUAUCUCGGAAUAUCAAGAAUCACAAAAAUUCGUCUCUUUUGAAGACUUCAAGAGCAGUUUGGAAGCAUCAACACCAUUUGAAUACACACCUGUGCCAUUCAGUGACCCGUUAUUUGUGAUGUUUAGCAGUGGAACAACUGGAAUACCAAAAGCUAUGGUUCAUACUGUUGGUGGAACACUUUUGAAACAUAUUGAAGAACAUUUGAUUCAAGGAAACUCGAAGCAAAAUGAUCGAAUGUUCUUUUAUACAACUUGUGGAUGGAUGAUGUAUAAUUGGAUGAUUUCAUUUUUAUAUUCUAAAGGUUCUGUGGUUCUUUUUGAUGAAUCACCUCUUGAUCCUGAUGCGCAUAUUCUAAUUAAGGUUAGUAUCUUUUGAACUAGAACAUCAACCCCAGAAUUUUUCCAGAUCGCAGCCCUCACAAAGUGCACAAUGAUCGGAAUGGGCGCAAAAAUUUACGACGAGUAUUAUAGACUUCAUAUAGAUUUUAGUAAGUCUCCUCCCAAAGCUCCCUAUUUUUUCAAACCUCAUAAACUUUUUUGCAGAACAUCAAUACGAUUUAUCGCACAUUCAGACAGUUUAUUCAACGGGUUCACCGCUCAAAAAAGAAUGUUUCACUUAUAUUAACACUUAUAUUGCACCCGGAGCCCUGAUUGGCUCAAUUUCUGGCGGAACCGAUAUUAUUGGCUGUUUUGUUGGUGGUGUUCAUUCGUUGCCGAUUACACCGGGAGAGUGUCAAUGCUUCUUUUUGGGUAUGGAUGUGAAGUCGGUUGAUGCUAAUGGUGAGUUUGGAAUUCUGAACUUCUAACGAGCUAGGACCUACGACUGGCUCUGUCAAGGAGCCACUCCUUGAGGGUCAAUCUGUCAAGGAGCCACACCUUGAAGACCAGUCUGGCUAGGAGUCGCGCCUUGAGAGCUAUUUUGUUGCGCUUAGGGAGUUGCGCCUAGAAAGUCAGUCUUUAAAGGUGGCUUGAUGACUUGUCUGUCAAGGAAUCACGCCUUGAAGACUGGUCUGUCAAGGAGCCACGCCUUGUGAGCUAGUUAAUCAAGAAAUCACGUCUUGAAGACAGGUCUGUCAAGGACUCGCGCCUAGAAAAUCAGUCUGUCAAGGUGUCGCUUGAGAGGCAUAAUGUCUAGGACCCAUUCCUUGAGAGUCAAUCUGUCAAGGAGCCACGCCUUGAAAGCUAGUCAAUCAAGAAAUUACGCCUCGAAGACCAGUCUGGCUAGGAGUCGCGCCUAGAAAGUCAGUCUGUCAAUAAGUUGCUUGAGGGGCAUAAUGUCUAGGAGCCACUCCUUGAGAGUCAAUCUGUCAAGGAGCCACGCCUUGAGAGCUAGUUAAUCAAGAAAUCAAGGAGCCACGCAUUGAAUCUGGGUAGAAAUCACAUCUAAAAAAUAAAAAUUGAUAAAUUUCUAAUUUAAAAGCAAAGGAAUUUAAUUUUAACAACAAACAAUUUUGUGAAAAUUUCAGAUGAAGAAAUCACAAAAUCCGAUGAGCAAGGAGAAUUGGUAUGUGUAACACCGUUUCCAUCAAUGCCAUCGCAUUUCUUGAAUGACCCAGAAGGCACCAAAUAUUGGGACACUUAUUUUGCACGCUUGCCACCUUUCUGGGCGCAUGGUGAUUUUGUGAAAAUCAAUUAUGAAACUGGAGGUGUUGAGAUGUUGGGAAGAUCGGAUUCGACGUUGAAUCGAGGUGGAGUGAGAAUCGGAACUGCUGAGAUUUAUUCAGUUGUUGAGACUUUCCGUGAAAUUGCUGACUCGAUUGUGGCUGGACGAUUAGUGUAAGUUUGAGUUGACUUUCUGUGAAAUUCAGUAAAGUUUUUCAGCGAAGAAGGUAAAGAUGAACAAGUUUUGCUGUUUGUCAAAAUGGCACCUGGACAAGUUCUCGAUCAAAACCUUCAACAAAAAAUCAAGGCCAAGCUGAGGUCGGAUAUGUCGCCGAGACAUGUGCCGAAUUUGAUUUUACCUGUGGAUGAUAUUCCGGUGAGAUUUUUAGAGCUUCUAGAAACCUUGGAUUUUCAAAUAAUGUUUUGAGCCUCUCAGAAAUAUCUAAUCAAAAACAAUCUUUCAGUACACAUCAAGUGGCAAAAAAGUCGAAGUCGCCGUCAAACAAAUCAUCAGUGGAAAUCCAGUCAAACAAGCCUCAUCGAUUCGAAAUCCAACAUCGCUGGAACAAUUCAAACAGUAUAAAUUAUAA